AUGGACCUCUCCUUCAUGGCCGCGCAGCUGCCCAUGAUGGGAGGAGCCUUCAUGGACUCGCCCAACGAGGACUUCAGCACCGAGUACUCGCUCUUCAACUCCUCCACCAACAUCCACGCGGCGUCCGGCGGCCAGGGCCCGCCCGAGGAGCCCGCCCGCUCCUCCAACGACGCCGUCCUGCUGUGGAUCGCCAUCAUAGCCACGCUGGGCAACAUCGUGGUGGUGGGCGUGGUGUACGCCUUCACCUUCUGA